GCAUGAGAGAAAACCAGGCAGCAGACUUUUUGGCCGGAGGCAGAUGCUAACUUAACCCUUUUUCUCCCAGAGCAUUGGCAUCGCUCCCCAGCCUUGACCUGGGAGAAGGAUCCAGUUGAACGCACCUGAGGCCGCUCCAGGGACAGCGUCAGCAGCAAGAAACACAAUCCGGAGCAGGGAGACAGAGACUGUCUGUGCUGACCCACAACGUGUGCCAGGGAGCCCCGCAAAGCCCUCAGCAUGACGGACCCUGAGGAGCCCCCCCAGCCCCAGGUCGGGGAGCCCAGCGAAGGCCAGGGGGACGAUGCCUUCCCCCUCUCAUCCCUGGCCAACCUGUUUGAGAGCGAGGAGGGGGCCUCACCCGCAGAGGCCGCCCGCAGCACCCCGGGGUCGGGUGACAGCAAGCAGAACCUGCGCAUGAAGUUCCAGGGGGCUUUCCGCAAGGGCAUGCCCAACCCCAUGGACCUGCUGGAGUCCACCAUCUAUGAGUCUGCUGUCGUGCCCGCACCCAAGAAAGCCCCCAUGGACUCACUCUUUGACUAUGGCACCUACCACCACCACCCCAGCGACAACAAGCGCCGGCGCAAGAAGGUCGUGGAGAAGCAGCGCCAGGGCUCGAAGGGGCCUGCCCCCAACCCGCCCCCCAUCCUCAAGGUGUUCAACCGGCCCAUCCUCUUCGACAUCGUGUCCCGGGGCUCCACCGCCGACCUGGAUGGGCUCCUUCCCUUCCUGCUGAGCCACAAGAAGCGCCUGACGGAUGAGGACUUCCGAGAGCCCUCCACAGGGAAGACCUGCCUGCCCAAGGCACUGCUGAACCUGGCCGGAGGGAAGAACGACACCAUCCCCCUGCUGAUGGACAUCGCCGAGAGGACGGGCAAUCUGCGGGAGUUCCUGAACUCGCCCUUCCGAGAUGUCUACUACCGAGGCCAGACUGCGCUGCACAUCGCCAUUGAGCGCCGCUGCAAGCACUACGUGGAGCUGCUGGUGGAGAAAGGGGCCGACGUGCACGCCCAGGCACGUGGACGCUUCUUCCAACCCAAGGACGAGGGAGGCUACUUCUACUUUGGUGAGCUGCCCCUGUCCCUGGCCGCCUGCACCAACCAGCCGCACAUCGUCCACUACCUGGCGGAGAACGUGCACAAAAAGGCAGACUUGCGGCGCCAGGACUCCCGUGGCAACACUGUGCUGCACGCGCUGGUCGCCAUCGCUGACAACACCCGGGAGAACACCAAGUUCGUCACCAAGAUGUACGACCUGCUGCUCAUCAAGUGUGCCAAGCUCUUCCCCGAUACCAACCUUGAGGCCCUGCUCAACAAUGAUGGCCUCUCGCCCCUCAUGAUGGCUGCCAAGACCGGCAAGAUUGGGAUCUUCCAGCACAUCAUCCGCCGGGAGGUCAAGGACGAGGAUGCCCGGCACCUCUCCCGCAAGUUCAAGGACUGGGCCUAUGGGCCUGUCUACUCCUCGCUCUAUGACCUGUCUUCGCUGGACACCUGUGGGGAGGAGGUGUCUGUCCUGGAGAUCUUGGUGUACAACAGUAAGAUCGAGAACCGCCACGAGAUGCUGGCCGUGGAGCCCAUCAACGAGCUGCUGCGUGACAAGUGGCGGAAAUUCGGGGCCGUCUCUUUCUACAUCAGCGUGAUUUCCUACCUGUGUGCCAUGGUCAUCUUCACCCUCAUCGCCUACUACCGCCCUGUGGAGGGCAUCCCCCCAUACCCCUACACGACCACCAUUGACUAUCUGCGCCUGGCCGGGGAGGUCAUAACUCUCUUCACUGGAGUCUUGUUCUUCUUCACCAACGUGAAGGACCUGUUCAUGAAGAAGUGCCCUGGCGUGAACUCAUUCUUCAUCGACGGCUCCUUCCAGCUGCUCUACUUCAUCUACUCGGUGCUGGUGAUCGUCACGGCUGGACUGUAUGUGGCAGGAAUUGAAGCCUACCUGGCCGUCAUGGUCUUUGCCCUGGUCCUGGGCUGGAUGAAUGCGCUGUACUUCACCAGGGGGCUGAAGCUCACCGGGACCUACAGCAUCAUGAUCCAGAAGAUCCUUUUCAAAGACCUGUUCCGGUUCCUGCUGGUCUACCUGCUCUUCAUGAUCGGCUAUGCCUCAGCCCUGGUCUCCCUGCUGAACCCCUGCUCCUGCGGCAAGGACCAGUCCAACUGUACGAUGCCAGCCUACCCUUCCUGCCGGGACAGCCAGACCUUCAGCACCUUCCUGCUGGACCUCUUCAAGCUCACCAUUGGCAUGGGCGACCUGGAGAUGAUUGAGAGUGCCAAGUACCCUGGCGUCUUCAUCAUCCUUCUGGUCACUUACAUCAUCCUCACCUUCGUGCUGCUGCUUAACAUGCUCAUCGCCCUCAUGGGUGAGACGGUGGGGCAGGUGUCCAAGGAGAGCAAGCAGAUCUGGAAGCUGCAGUGGGCUACCACCAUCCUAGAUAUUGAGAGGUCCUUCCCAGUGUUCCUGAGGAAAGCCUUCCGCUCGGGGGAGAUGGUCACGGUGGGGAAGGGCAUCGACGGGACACCGGACCGGAGGUGGUGUUUCAGGGUCGACGAGGUGAACUGGUCACACUGGAAUCAGAACCUGGGCAUCAUCAAUGAGGAUCCAGGCAAGAAUGAGACCUACCAGUACUACGGCUUCUCCCACACGGUGGGCCGGCUGCGGAGAGAUCGCUGGUCAACUGUGGUGCCCCGCGUGGUGGAACUGAACAAGAACUGCCAGCCAGACGAGGUGGUGGUGCCAUUGGAGGGCAUGGGGGCAUCCAAUCUGAAUGACCGGAGGCCAGGACACCCGAAUGGUCGGAAAGAAGAGUGCCACAUCUAACGCAGGCCACGUGCAGGGGAAGCCUGCCUUUGCCUCUGCCUCUGCCUCGUGAGGGCUGUGGGUGCCCACAUGGCCUGGCUCGCCUUUGGGCAGCAUAACUGAUUUGCACAACAGUCCGGAAGGGACCAAGCAGUGAGGGGGCUUCUGAAACACCCACCCUGCACCCCAUGCCCCCCACACCAAGGCAGCUGAGCCCCAGCAUCUCCCAGAGCCCUGGGCAUGGACCCAAGGCAAGGACAAUAGGGUUUUCUGGCCAGGGCCAUGGGUUCCUCAGCCAGCCGGGCUGUUACAGCAGCAACAACAGAAGUGAGUCUGACCUCAGGACCCACAGUCCUGCCCACCUGUGCCCACUGACCCAGGACACCUUGGAGAGCAGAGCUGGAGUGAGGCCAUGGCCUCUGGUCAACAGAGGGGCCUGUCCGGCAACGCAUCUCUGAGGGCCUGUGUCCCGUCUGAAGCUAACUGUUUGGACCAAGAAGAGCCGAGACCCACAGCUGCGUACCCUGGAGCCUGCCCGCUGGGAUGCAAUGGCUGCACGAGCAUCUCGACAUUCAGCUGGCUCGUGGGUGCCAGCAUGGCUGGGCCAGGGGCUGCAGUGUCCAGCUGACAACUAGCGAACACAUCUGCACUCAAGCCAAACUCUCACUGUCUGCAAAGGCCGGCACCAGCAGACUUGACCCCUGGGCACUCCUGGAAAAGUCAUGUGGACUGUGCCCAGCUGGUGCUGGGGGCCUGGAUAUUCCCAGGAUGGCCUGCAGAUUGCACAGCCCAUUCUGGAUGGUGUCUGGGGACCUGACUGGUAAGACCCACAGCACUAUGCUGCUGAUUUCGAGGCUCUCCAGCUGCUUGUGGAGGGCACAAGCCAGUGAACCAGCUGUGCCAGACCCUGAUUCAGCCUCCCACUGUCCCAAACAGCUUUCACCCCUCCACCCCAGGGCUCUCCAGUUAGAGGGACUGGUCUGUCCAACAGACUCAGUCGUCUCACUCCCGUGCUGCUGGAGACAGGUUGCCAGCUCUCAGCACAGCCAUGUCGUGUCAUAUCUGUUCACCACCACUGUCUCAAAUCAGGAACAGUUCUUGUUGCUUGUUGCCCUCCACCCUGGGCUCUGCCAUGCAACACGGCUGCACCUCGCUGCCUCCAGCAAUUUGCUGCCCCUUUCCCCACUAUGACAUGGCAUCACAGGGCACUGCCAAGGGUCUCAAUGCCCCCCCAUUCUCUGCCACCUCAUUCCUGAUGAGGGGAAGCCAUCCAGGUUUGCACACUGCAGCAGUGGGAUCCCAGGGCAGGCAGCUGCUGCUACAUCUCCUCCCAAGCCCUGCUGCUCCCAGGAACUGCUUGCUGGGAGCAGAGACACAUCAUCCCCUUUCCUUGCGAGCAGAUGUCUGUUUACGGCUUUGUAAUCAUGAGGAAGGCUCCUGCAACCCAGCCCCAGCCUGCCUGUGACAAGGGGCUCCCUACACACAAUUCACACUGUCAGUCAGUCAGUGAUAGGGUGUUACCUCCACUGUCUGUCUGGAUGGUUCCCUGCACCAACAAAGGGCUUUGGAGCUGUCCCACAGGCAUGCAAUGGAGCAAAUGCUGGGGCAGACUCAUACAUGUGUGCAGAGAGCUGCUCAUGAGAACUUGCACUGUGUUUCUCCUCUCCCAAGGUCCUCAUGCCCACACGUGCUUGUUCAUGUUCCUGGAGGGGCUGCUGAAUGGGCCAACUCCCUCAGCCAGCAGUAGCCCAGCAAGUCUCUGUGCUCGGACCUGGCCAGUACUGUCUGUUCUGUGGAAAUCACAAAUCCUCCCACCCAACCACAGGAGUGCCUGUCACUGCCCCUUUCCUGAAUCCUUUACAGCUCCCCAUGCAGGACUGUUCUGUACAGCGUCUUCCUCAGGGAUUCAUCCAACCCGGCUGAAAAGGUCUCACAGCGUGUUGGUCAGUAGUUCUGGAAAUAAUGCUGCUGUUACAAGUGGCUCCCCUAACCCCUGGGCCAAGUCCUAGCCACAGCUCAGAGAUGCGAGGCAUGUGUUUUACAAAGGCUGCUAGCACUGAGUUGGAUACUCCAGGCAGUAGCAGCAAGAGACUAGUGGUGGGCAGCACUGCCCUGCAGCUGAUGUCUCUGAUAUUGCAAUAAGUACAGAAGGAACCAGGGAGUUUAUUGCUCCCCUGCAAAGCUUUUAGGAAGCUGCUUUGCUUUCCCUAAACCCUGUUGGCCCUGAGCACAGCCCCCUGGAGACAACGCUGCCCCAGCCCCAGAGGGAGACUGUGUGAAGGGAGCCGGGCCAAUCAAAGCCUUACCCAUUACGUACCCAAAGGCCAGUGGCAAUGCCACAUGUUUUGCACAACAUUUGUACACACCUAUUUAUUUAGUAAUAAAACCAACCUGUAAACUCCA